CGAACUGUAGCUCCGAACACUUCGUGUAUAGUCGUUGCAUAUCCCAGCACCUCCUGCCCACUUCUUGGGAGCACUUGGGCAGAGCUGUUUUGGGAUAUCGCUUAGGGCGAAAUAAGGCACAAGAGGACAAGCCUCGGGCCGUCAUGGCGAACGACAGAGACGGUGAUGCAUUGGGUGUCAACCAAUCAAAAAGGCCAGCAACAACCUUCGCCGACUUGGGUGACCAACCACAGCAGCAGCAUACUGCGCAGCAUCCUGGACAGCAGCAUCACCGCGCGAGGAGUCAAAGACACGUUGUCGGAGGUGUCGCAGGGGGCCGCAUGCAUGCACGGGUUCCGUCUUCGAAGGGCCUCCAUAAGCACCAUGCGGCGACCUCAACGGCGAAAUUGAACCGCAAAAGCGGCUCGCUUUCCCCGGAUCGAGGAGCCGGGCUGGCUUCUGCGUACCACAAUCACCGCCGCACGACCUCCGAGCUGAAGCUGUCACGCGAUCCGCAGAAGAACGCUCCGCACAGCAAUUUGAAGCGCAAUCGCUCACAAAUCGAGGUGGGAAAGAAGACCAAGUCGACGACCAACCUGCACCGGUCUCUGUCCAACCCUGCGGUCGCCAAGCUGAGGUCCUCAGAGGGUUCCAAGGUCCAAUUCAACCUAGGCGACGAGGAUAAAGACGACUUCGAGGACGAGGACGAGGGUGAGUGGGUUGACGCUAGCACGUCUGCCUCGCCUUUGCUAUCGCGACGCGGUUCUGCUGUUAGCGGUGGCCAGACUGCCAAUCCACCGGCAGAUGACGAAGAUUCCGAGGUCACCACGCCGAUGCCACAUCACGAAGGCGAGCGCACCCCGGUCAAUGGUACACAAAGCGGCACAGCAAACGCCACAACGAACGGAUCACAAAACGGCGCACACAGUCUCCCUCGCAACCAGUACUUAACGUCCAGAAUCCUCUCAAGAACUCCAUCGCAUGGUGCUCCGCCCAUGAUGUCGACAGAAACCGUUCAAGUCCGGCCGUCUACGUCGAGGCCACACUCUCCCCCUGACGCGAGAGCGGGCCAGGGUCCUUCCCCUCCAGGGUCUCCCGGCACUACGACGCACGUGCGACCUGGCAGCAGCGGCAAAGCAGAGCUCACCUCUCGCUUCGUUGGGAACAAUAGCCAAGAACCAGGAUCGGGCAUCGCUGGCGAGUCGUUCAUUCAGGCGGCAAACCUGGGCGGAUUGUCGCGAGCGGCACUGAAUGGCAACGAAGCGUUAACGAUGACCAAGCGACGCCCGUCGUCGGGGGCUAUGUCUCAAGCUCGAGGGAUUGACGCGAUUACUGCUCGGCAGAACGCGGCCGGACACAAUCUUAGUGACGGCGAAGACGAGGGCGCCACGGCCACGGUAUCUCGAGUGAGGCGAAGUGGGGACUACGUGGUACCGAGAGAUAUGAACAGAACUCAGCAGAAGCUGAAUCUGCAGCGAGCGAGCUCCAGCCUGGAGCCCGCUCACCCGCACCUGGGGAUAGGAAUAGGACCAGCAGGAGUUGGUGCGGCCGCGGCCCCGCUCAUUGGGGUGCCAACUUCGUACGACUCGAGGGACCCCCGGAUCAGUAAGAUUCUGGAGCGGACGGGCAUGGAGUACCUUACCGUGCGUCGGCACCUGAACCCCGUUGCGCGGUCGAUCGCCCGCGUCAUGCAGCUGCCCGAUCUCGAAAACAGUCGACGGAUCCCGCGCUCCGGCACGUCGCACCACGCUUCGAGGCUCUCGGAGCAGUUCGACCCGAAUCAGCGAGAGCCUAUCACGCGCAACUCCAGCAUGGCGGACCUGAUCAACCCCCGCAGUGGGAGGCGACCGCCCACGCCGCGGUCCGGUGCUUUCUCGACACUCCACAGCGCCAGCUCGAGUCUGGGGACUGAUGAUGGCGCAAGCAGGAUGCAUGAGCGGCAGGCUCUGAGCGGAUCCAGCCUGGUGAACGGAGCCGAAGACGCAGAAACGAUGGCGUUACUGCGCAUGAUGUGGGACAAGAACAUGAACCUGAGUGCCAGCCAGGACUAGAGGGCUGGCAGGCAGCAGGGGAUAUGGUCGAGGACCACGGUGGCAUCGCAAGAAGACGACGAGUUCGCCAACGUACCGCCGGCGUGUCUACUCGUCGAGCAGCCUACGGAUUACUUCGCUGGAUGGGAAGCGCUGAUUGCAUGAGGAAGAGCCAGGGGCAUGCAAACACCCCCAUAUGGGCAGGCAUAGAAAGAGAUGUUUACCCA